UCCAAUGUGGACCAAAGAGUUCCAGUGUGGAGGAGAUGAGUCUGCUGUCCUGAACUGUAGAAGCUCAGGCUCAGAUAGAAACACCUGCUCACCUGGCAGAGCUGUUGGACUCACCUGCUCAGAGCCUGUCAGGUUGGUGGGAGGAGACAGUCGCUGUGCAGGAACACUGGAGCUGAAACAUCAAGGAGAAUGGAGACCAGUGGAUGACUCUAACUGGAACCUGAAGACAGCAACAGCUAUCUGCAGAGAGUUAGACUGUGGUUCUGUUGUUUCUGUAGAACGGAGAGAGACCUCAGGCAGAUCUGUUCGGAGGAUCAGCUCUUACUGUGUCCUGUCUGGAUCUGCUCUGAGGGAUUGUGCAACAUUAGCUUCUUCUUCUUCUCUCUACAUUGUGAAUCUCACCUGUUCAGACUCUGUCGGCUGGUGGGUGGGACCAGUCUGUGCUCAGGCAGACUGGAGCUGAAGUCUGACCAGUCUAACCAGAGCUGGUCCUCAGUGUGUGAAGCUGACUUUGACCAGCAGGAUGCAGAGGUGGUCUGCAGGGAGCUUGGCUGUGGGGCUCCUUCAGUCCUCCAGGGGGCGCUCUAUGGAGAAGGGGAGGCUCCAAUGUGGACCAAAGAGUUCCAGUGUGGAGGAGAUGAGUCUGCUCUCCUGGGCUGUAGAAGCUCAGGCUCAGAUAGAAACACCUGCUCACCUGGCAGAGCUGUUGGACUCACCUGCUGAGAGCCUGUCAGGUUGGUGGGAGGAGACAGUCGCUGUGCAGGAACACUGGAGCUGAAACAUCAAGGAGAAUGGAGACCAGUGGAUGAUGACCGUUUAUCUCGCUGGAACCUGGAGACAACAGCAGCAGCUGCCUGCAAAGACCUGGACUGUGGUUCUGCUGUUUCUGUAGAACAGAGAAAGGGUUCCUCUGGCAGAUCUGUGUGGAGGAUCAGCUCUGACUGUGUCCAAUCUGGAUCUGCUCUGAGGGAUUGUGCAUCAAACAUACGUUUGCCUUGGUUUAUUCUGGAUCUCGUCUGUUCAGACCUGCUGCUUCAGCCCAACAUCUCUGCGUCCUCCUCCAUAGACGGGGUCUCUGAGGCCCAGCAGCAGCAGCAUCAGGAGGAGUUUCGCGUUUUCAGAGGCUCCACC